GCGGUUUUAGACCUGAGCUGUAUUAAAGCGGAGGAACACAUGAACCUAUUCUAGUGGAUAGUUUUCUGAUUUAAAGGUGUCUCGUGCAUUUCUGGCUGUUAAACGAACCUAAACAACAGCGUGGUUCAAACCCGCGCUCGUUCCCGCCACGCGCUCGGCGGCGCGCAUUCUUCUGUCCAGUUCCUUUGAGCAGCGGCUCGUUUCUCUGCAGCUCCACUUCAGGUCCGAAGAUUCACCACCAGACAUGUCCCCCAGGGUUGCCGUGGUAACGGGCAGCAACAAGGGCAUCGGCCUGGCCAUCGUGCAGUCUCUCUGUGAGCACUUCCAGGGGGACGUUUACCUCACGGCCAGAGACGCCGCUCGCGGUCAGGCAGCCGUGGAGUCUCUGGCCUCACAGGGACUGAAGCCUCUGUUCCAGCAGCUGGACAUCAACGACCUGAACAGCAUCACCACAGCUGCCGCCUACUUCAAGGACAAGUACGGAGGAGUGGACGUGCUGGUCAACAACGCUGGGAUCGCGUUCAAAGUGGCCGACACGGCUCCGUUCGCGGUCCAGGCCCAGGUGACCCUCGGAACCAACUUCUUCGCCACCAGAGACGUGUUGACUCACUUCCUGCCGAUCAUCAGACCUGGAGGUCGCGUGGUGAACGUCUCCAGCUUCGUCGGGUCCCGGACUCUGAACCAGUGCAGCCCGACUCUGCAGCAGCGUUUCCGCAGCGAGGACAUCACAGAGGAGGAGCUGGUGGCGCUGAUGCAGCAGUUCGUUGACCUGGCCAAAGCAGGCGAGCACCAGCAGGCGGGAUGGCCUGGUACCGCGUACGGAGUGUCCAAGACCGGGCUCACGGUCUUGUCCAUGAUCCUGGCUCGCCGUCUGUCCAAGCAGAGACCCAAUGACGGGAUCCUGCUGAACGCCUGCUGUCCAGGGUGGGUGCGCACGGACAUGGCCGGUCCCAAGGCCCCAAAGUCCCCAGAGGAGGGCGCUGUCACGCCCGUCUACCUGGCCCUGCUGCCGCCCGGAGCCGCGGAGCCGCACGGGAAGUUCGUGUCGGACAAAGAAGUGCAGCCGUGGUGAAGAGACCGUCACCUCCGCUUAAAAGGCUGUGUUCCAUCACUGGCAUUACAGAGUUCAGACCAAAUGAAAAUAAAUACUCAAUGUAUUUAAAUAUAUGAAAAAACUGCCAGAAAUAAACGUGCAUAUUUACUGUG